AUGGCGAGGGAGCUGUCAACCCAGCUGCAAUCCAGAAUCCGGGCAUGCGCGCUGGCUGUCAUUGCGAUUAGCUUCGUGACUAUGAUCUUUCUGAUCGUGGUUCUUGGGUUCACACCUAUGGAGAAGCGUCAUGGCUAUUCAGCUUUGCUCGUGAUUCCGUUGGCCUGUAUGCUGAUGGUUGGUGCUAUCUCUCUCCUCUUCGACCGCCCGCAUACGCAUCCUGUCGCAGAAAGAGGGGCUGCCACUGUCGGUAAGAAGAGUUGUGACUGCAUCUGGGCGUCCAAUGUUUUCGAGGAGUUGGAGUUCGGGGUUGUGGAUUCGCACAGCCUCAGCUUCCAUUCCUUCCAUGUGGAGAAGGGUACAGACGGUGCUGAGUGGCAGCAAACUGGGCCUGCACCGCUCAAGAGCCACGCCUGUCUCUUCAAGCCCACCUGCGCAUGUUGUUUGGAUGAUUUUCAGCCCCGCAGUCAAGUUGCGAUCCUUCCCUGUGGACACGUUUUCCAUGAGGACUGCAUUGCACGUUGGUCCUUGGCGACUUCUAAGUCCGCCAACUCAUGCCCCACGUGUCGCACCAGUUUCGAGUGCUUAGCCGACCCCUAG